GAGCCCACGAUAGCUCAGGCAUCCUAGAUCAUCAAUCAGGCCCGACUCUCGCACCCCCUCCCUAUCUUCCGUCAGCCGCUGGUGAACCGCCCUUCGAGUCCGACUAUUUAACAUGCCAGGCUCGCCAUGAAUUCCUCGCGAAACGACACUCCAACUUUGAGUGGUUUGACUUCCACCGACAACCUACCCGACGAUACCAGGGCCUAUAUUGAACAGCUCUCGGAGGAGUUGAGCCUUGAACAGGCAGUGCUAGAGUCCCUCUACGAUCUUCCCGAAUCGGAUGCCAUCGAAAAAGACAUCGCCACGGCUAAGCUCCGCGUUGCGGAUAUCAAACGUCGCCUGAAGGAAGCGAGGCGCAAAGUAAACCCGACUACAUGCACUAGUAUGGUGGGCCAGGUCUUUGGCCGCCAGCUACGAGACUCUGAGCGGACUCAGGAUCGAAUUCUCUCAAGCUUGGCCGUUCCGACCCGAAAGCGCCAGUUUGAAAGUACACUUGACGCUCGUGAUCCAUCCAAUUGGAGUUCCGCCAAACGGACUACUCCAAGCCCAGGCCCGAGCGAGAAUGACUUCCUUUUUGACGGGUUUAAUCGCGACAGACCGGAGAUCAUUGACCUGACAGAGUGCGACGACGAUGAGAUACCGUCCACCAUUAUCCAGCGGCAGAGACAGGCAGAGGAACGCGCGAGACGAAAUAAGGAACGAGCAGACGGAGACGCUGAACUCGCGAAACGGCUGCAUGGGCGCCCCUCGCCGCCACCGAACGGAUUAAGCUCCUUGCGGCAAACACAACAAAAUCCGGUGUUUCAUCGGAUGAUGGGCAGGUCUUCCCACUCCUCAUUGACGGGGCACAUGAAGCAGGAAGCCCGCCCAGCCUCUGGGGUUGACCCCCACAGGGACGAAUUCGACAAAUUCAGGCCCCCGUCUCGUCGUCUCAGUGGCAUGCAUCCACAGACAGCCGCUGUCAAGCCCGAGCCCAUCGAGCGCCAGUAUCGGAUGCCUGGUGCAUAUGUGAACUCGGAUGAUGAGCGCGAGACAUUUGCACCUGUGACUUCCCAACCCAAUCCUCGGCCUUCACUGCCUCCGCUUGGCUCAACCUUCCCGCUUCCUGCGUCCAACACAUUGGUCCCGCGAGCCACAUUGUCGACGGUACCCAUGAACCCAGCACUCACUCCCGCCGGGCUCGGUGCUCGUGACUUUCGGAUGCCUGCAAUUGAGCUGGCCCGACAAGCCUCGAUGGGCCGACAACAACCUUCCCAGGCCUGGCCGCCAGUGGGAUCACAUGGCAGAGCUCUCGAGCCUCCCUCAAACGGGUACUUGCCGACGCCGGCGCGACAGUCAUUCGGCGCCCCGUCGCUAGGGCCCAGCCGGCCGGGUUUCAUUUCCAAUGGGGCCUACUAUUCUCAACCAGGGCCCGACCUGGAGGUGGUCUAUCCCGGUAGCCUCUCCCAGGCUAUUAAACGCGUCAACAAGUUUGACUGGGAUAAGUUGACCGACGGCGACGGAAAUCCCUUCGACACACGCCUCGCCAAUUAUCUCCAAGACUUUACCGAAGACCCAAGGAAGACGGAAGAAGAGAUCCAGCAGCUCCUGUCGAACAUUCGGCCUGACAUGGAAAUUCCCGAGGAGGAUCGCGGCGAAACGCCCGAAGCCAUGAAAUACCCUCUGUAUCCACACCAGCAGCUUGCGCUGAAGUGGAUGACGACCAUGGAAGAAGGGACAAACAAGGGCGGCAUUUUGGCAGAUGACAUGGGUCUCGGCAAGACCAUCUCAACCCUUGCCUUGAUGGUGUCGCGGCGAUCGUCAGAAAAUAUCAAGACCAAUUUGAUCAUCGGCCCUGUCGCCCUCAUCAAGCAAUGGGAGUCGGAGGUGAAGAAGAAACUCAAGGGGGGUACUCAUAGGCUGAGCACCUUGCUUCUUCACUCGAAGAAGAGGCCGUACUCUGAGAUCAAGAACUAUGAUGUUGUCCUCACAACCUACGGGUCACUCGCUGCCGAGUGGAAACGCUAUACGCAGCAUAUCGAGAAAAUGAAGGAGGCCGCCGGAUACCGAGAGGAGGACGACGCCGAGCUUGCCAAAAAGUGUCCUCUGCUACAUGCGCGAAGCAGGUUCUACCGCGUCAUCCUGGAUGAAGCCCAGUGUGUGAAGAACAAGGACACUCAGGCAUCUCGCGCUGUGCACCGACUCACAGCCACUUACCGGUGGUGUCUAACAGGUACCCCGAUGAUGAACGGUGUCUCGGAGCUGUACCCCUUGAUUCGCUUCCUGAGGAUCAGGCCGUACUCCGAUUACACCCAAUUUCAACGUACUUUCAGGAGCCUAAACCCAAGGUCCGGCGGUUCAGACUACAGCCGCGACAAUGCUAUGCGGCAACUUCAAGCGGUUUUGAAGGCUAUGAUGCUGAGACGGAUGAAGGAUUCGAUGAUUGAUGGCAAACCCAUCUUGACACUUCCGCCCAAGACAGAGAACUCGGAAUAUGUUGUCUUCUCCGACGACGAACGCCAGUUCUACCAAGAACUCGAGUCAAAAUCUCAAGUCCAGUUCAACAAGUAUCUCCGCGCAGGGACGGUGGGCAAGAACUAUUCCAAUAUUCUCGUUCUUCUGUUACGCCUCCGCCAGGCUUGCUGUCACCCGCACCUGACAGAUUUCGAGGUCGCCGAUGCCGGCUCUUCGGAUGACCAGGCACUCGCUCGGAUCGAUUUGGCUAAGGAUAUGGAUGAGGCAGUGGUCAGGCGCGUCAAGGCCGUUGAGGCCUUCGAAUGUCCUAUCUGUUAUGAUAGCGUCCAAGAGCCCCUCCUUGUCAUCCCCUGCGGUCAUGACAUCUGUACCGAAUGCCUCGCUUCGAUUACGGAGAAGAACGCGCAGGACAACAUCAGAUCGGGCGACGAGAAUGGGGCUCCUAAAUGCCCCGUGUGCCGCGGCCUUAUUGACCCUGCCAAAGUCAUCACGCUUACCAUCUUCCGGAAAGUUCAUGCGCCUGAGGCUCUUGCGCCAGAGGAUGCUGCACCUCAGCAGGAUGGAGAGUUGUCCGAUUCAGCGUCUUCCGAUGACGACGAAUCCGAUACGGAUUCUCUUGGCAGUAUCGCUGAUUUUACCGUCCCAGAGAAUAAGGUUGAUGAAGACAAGGAGGAGGACGAGGAUGCAGACCAGGAGGAGGUCAACGGCAGCGGCAGCAACAAUAACGCCGACAUUGAGAAUGACAUUGACACUGUAUUGGACGUUGCAUUGGGCUCUGAGCGGUCCAGUGCCGCAAAGAAGCAGAAGAAGGAGGUUGUCAAAAAGCGCAAGAAGGCAAGAGGCAAGGCGAAAGCCGAGACCAAGGCUGAAGAGUUCACGCCCCAUAAACUCAAGCAGCUCCGCAUCGAUGCAGACAAGAACAAGGAGGCCCGCCGUCGGUACAUGCGUUACCUUCGCGACAACUGGAUGGACUCGUCUAAAGUCAGCCAAGUAAUUGAUAUCCUGGAGCAGAUCCAAGAAUCCGACGAGAAAACGAUCGUCUUUUCCCAGUGGACGGCGCUCCUCGACAUGAUUGAGAGCCAACUCACGUACAAGCUCAAGCUGCGCUUCUGCCGCUACACGGGGAAGAUGUCGCGCAACCAACGGGACGAGGCGGUCCAGGACUUUGUCGAGAAUCCCCGCACCAAGGUGAUGCUCGUUUCGCUGCGCGCCGGCAACGCCGGGCUGAACCUCACCGUUGCCAGCCGCAUCAUCAUCUGCGAUCCGUUCUGGAACCCCUUUAUCGAGAUGCAGGCCGUCGACCGCGCCCACCGCAUCGGCCAGCAGCGCGAGGUCAAAGUCCAUCGCAUCCUGGUCAAGGAGACGGUCGAGGACCGCAUCCUCGCGCUGCAGGAGAAGAAGAGGAAUUUGGUUGAGGCAGCGCUGGACGAGGGCCAGAGCAAGAAUGUGGGCCGCUUGAGCGAGCGGGAGCUGGCUUACUUGUUUGGUGUCAGCCCUGCGAGGCGCUGAGAGGUGCUGUUCGCCUUUGGUGGGAUUUGUCUGAGGAGAAACUGUUUGCUAUCCACGGAGCUCAGUUGUGGGACACAGGGGUUGAUCUACUUUGGCCAUCAGCUGGACACUUUAGGUCGCUACUGAACCGAAGAGCUACUAUAGGAUGGCAACAUGCUGCUUA